GGAAACCACAAACGGAUAAAACGGAAACUCAGGAUGCAAUACGCGACGACACACACAUACGAAGAGAAUAUACGAUAACUAUUCGGUGGCGCACAGUGAUCUUUCCAGGCAUUCGAUUGGAUCUCGUUAAUCGUAGCGGACCAAUCGGAGGAAACGCUAAUGGUAACUGUGAUAUUUUGAACCAGCGUCAACUUCAGUUGCUCUGGUGAGACGAAUGGACACUACGGUAACGUACUUGUGGCACAAGAUUUUCAUAAAUGAGAGAUUCCAGCGAGCCAGAGCACAAUAAACAAUAAUCAUCGGUAGCAGGGAGGAACCAUAAUAUUAUAUUUUUAAUCAUUCAUGAAGAUGGCACCAUCAAAAGUUUUAAAUUCACAAAAUAAACAAAGUAAUACUAACAUAGCUACAAGAAAAGGAAUAACAACCAGAAGUCAGAAUUCUACAGUAAAUGUUUUAAUCAAGCCAUCUGUUCUUGGGAAAGAUCCUCGUAGUAAAAGAAAAGCCGAGGCAUCCCCACCAAAGGAGAAAACAACAAAGAGAUCUGCAUUAGGAAAUAUUACUAAUGCUAUUGGAAAGACAUUGGGAACACACCAACAGGAACCAAAGAAAGCUGUAAAAAAGCCAACUGUUACUCAAAUAAAACCUUAUACUCAGACAAGUUCAGUUAGAACGCUUGAGAAAGCUGUGACUAAAGCUGAGAUAGUACCUCCCAAACCAAAGCCAGUGCCACGUGUAAAACCAGUAAAAAAAGAUGAUGAAAAAGUUGAAGUACCUAGUAAAAUUGUUAAUCUUAGACGUAGUUUAGAUUUAGAAAAAUCAGAGGAUAGUUCUUUAUAUGUAAGUGCAUUAGAGGAUAUAGGAGAUGACAGUGAGAGGAAAUCACGGAGAAGUAAUGUACAGCUUGAGAAAUCUGAAAAAUCAAAGAAAAAAGAUGAAAUAAGUAAAUCUCCAGUACCUGGAAAACCUGAAAAACCUGAAAAGAAGUCGAUAGCUGCUCGUUUGGAUGCUGUUCCUGAAACAGUAUUACCUGAGGGAGUGCAAUGGGACUUUGAUGCAGAGAAUUGGUUGGACCCAUUUCAAGUCUCUCAUUAUGCCACGGAUAUCUUCAAUUAUUUAAAGGACAGGGAACGUUUGUUUCCUAUUGGAGAUUAUAUGGAAAGACAAGUGUGUCUUUCACGGUGGAUGAGAGCCUUAUUAGUUGACUGGAUGGUAGAAGUUCAGGAAUCUUUUGAAUUAAAUCACGAAACUCUUUAUCUGGCUGUGAAACUAGUUGAUUUAUACCUGACGAAAGUAACAGUUGGAAAAGAGACAUUACAGUUGUUAGGUGCUGCAAGUCUUUUUAUAGCAAGUAAAUAUGAUGAGAGAAUACCUCCCAUGGUUGAAGAUUUCUUGUAUAUAUGUGACGGUGCUUACACACAAAGAGAAUUAAUUAGAAUGGAAAUGAGCGUACUAAAAGUAGUAGAUUUUGAUCUCGGUAUACCUCUUUCUUAUAGGUUUCUUAGACGAUACGCUAGGUGUGCGAAAGUUUCGAUGCUGACACUAACUUUAGCUCGAUAUAUUUUGGAGUAUUCACUGAUGGAUUAUUCAAUGAUAAGAUUCAGUGAUAGUAAAAUGGCUGCUGCAGCACUUCUUCUCGCAUUACAAAUGAAAGACCUAGGAGGAUGGACUCCAACCUUAGAAUAUUAUAGUGGUUAUAAAGUUGAUGACAUAAGAGAUAUUGUACAUCUCUUAAAUGAAGGAUUACAUCGAAAACAUAAGGAAGCUCUGACAACAGUACGCAACAAGUAUAGUCAUAAGAUAUUUUUCGAAGUAGCAAAGCUGCCAUUAAAAGAUAUUCUAGAAAUAUAAGUAGUUUAAGGAAUAGACACAGAUAUAAAAAAAAACAUGGUUGACAAUAAUACAUAGGAUCACCUAAUUAUUAUUAGGUAGCCUGUAAUGAAAUUUAUAAAUGAUUAAGAUGGUCGCCGAGCGUGAAUAUACAAACCAUAAUGACCUUUCUUCGUUUAAAAAUGAAAUUGUCGUAGAACAAAAUCUGAAUUAUCAAUUGUCCAUAAACCAUACGAAAUCAAAUGACUGUGAAGCUCAGUUUGAACUUUAUACAAUAUCCAGAAGGACAGAUAAGUAACGCAAUUUUGUUUUCUUUUUUUCCUUUUUUUUCCUUUUCUUUUU